AUGGUUGAAGCGAAAGAGGUUGCGGGCGAGGUCGAGUGUGUUUGUAGUGGUGGAAAAAACGAGUGCACCGGACUGCUGACGUGCGCUCGACAGCAGUCUUGUCACAACGCGGGUGGCCAAAAGGAGCAUGCAUUCCAGGAGUCUGUCUCGUCGCCCAUCCGGCUGCUCAUACGGGAAUCCAGAUUGCUACAAGUACACGUGUACGAUACGUGUACACGUGCUGCACUGUAUGACCCGUGGCACACGUGGUACUGUAAUUUUGAAAGCCAGUCAUGGAGAGAUACCAUGCUAUCUCUCUGCGCCAAUCGCAACCGCUUCCAGCAAUGA